UGCCCAUUUUAAUCUAAAAACAAAACAAAAGCUAGGAAAAGUAAUUUACAAUGGUAUGUGAUAAGUGUGAAUCAAAGUUGUCGAAAGUUUCGGCACCAAAUCCAUGGAGAACAAGCAAUGCAGCUGCCGGUGGACGUAAGAUCAACGAAAACAAAGCGUUGUCCUCAUCAAAGGAACGCUACAAUCCCAUGGGCAACAGCUUGGCACCGUGUCGCAUAUGCCGGCAAAAGGUGCAUCAAAUGGGAGCGCACUAUUGCCAGGCGUGCUCCUACAAAAAGGCAAUUUGUGCAAUGUGCGGCAAAAAGAUACUAAACACUAAGAAUUAUAAACAGAGCGCAACGUAGCAACAAUUGUCUUUUAUAAUAAUAAGCAUUAACAACAUAUUUCAACAUUUAAGCUUAGCAUAGUACAUUUACCUCAAAGCACUGUAGUUAAAUAAUUAAAAUAAAAUUAAAAUAUUAUAUAAUGUAACUACA